GAUGGGCGUAAAACAUCACAGCCGAUUUGCAAACAUGACAUCAUUCUUUCAACCGUGUCAAGCUUGGAUAAUUGUGCCAGCUGUAGUGGGCCGUAUUCUGCAUUAAAAUGGAUUGGUGUAAAGUGUAAGAUUUGCUCAUGUUUCUGGCAUAAAUCUUGCUACAACAAGAAUGUGAUGCCUUACCUUGACUCAUUUGAACCAAAUUCUGAAGAAGAAUUAUUUAAGGAGGACUCAGAUAAGGACUAUGUUCCCAGUAGUUUUUCAGAGGAUUCGGAGUCGGACAUGGUGUCUUUAGAACUAGAGUGCCCUAAACCACUCUCCAACAUAGACUGCCAAGAAAGCGUCUUAGUAAAAGAUUCCCUACCUGAAGAUGCAGUCUGCACAGCACAACUGAAAAAGUCAUGCAGGAAAGGCGAGCAGGUACCCAACAAAACAGGGAUUGAUAAUAUAGGGUCUGAGGAUACCACAGAAUGUGGGGAAGGUCCAUCAGUACCAUCCUCUGAAAUAUCCACUUCAGGACAUAAGAAUUACUGUUAUAUUUGUGGAAAGCCCCAAUCGAAAUUCACAAGACACCUAAAAAUUCAUGAAAACACAAAUAUGGAUGUUGCUAGGGCUCUGGCCUUGCCGAAGCAUUCCAAGGAACGUAAGAAACUGCUGGACAAACUAAGAAAUAAAGGAAAUUAUGAACAUAAUGCAAGUGUUUUAGCCAGUGGAUCGGGGCAGUUAAAACUCAAACGUAAACCGAAGAAAAAUUACAAUCCAAAUGAUUAUGUGAAUUGCAUGUAUUGCCAUGCAAUGUUCCUACGCAGAGAAUUGUGGAGACAUGUACGGAACUGUCCUUCUAAGUCAGGGGAUCAGGAACAACCAGGAAGAAAUAAGGUACUGGCUUUAGCGACAAUGUCUGAUUCAGUUCUCUGUCAGCAAAUGUCACAGAGUGUUUGGAAACUCCUAACACCAAUGAAAGAUGAUGACAUCUCUGCUGCUGUGCGGAGUGAUUUCACCAUCCUACAGCUGGCACAAUCAUUUUUUAAUAAACAUGGCCAAGAUCCGUCUAAACAUGAUUACAUUCGGCAGAAGCUAAGAGAGGUUGGAAGACUUUUGUUGGUCCUGAGAAAGCAAUUCUCAUUGCAUACGAUUGAGGAUGCUGUUAAGCCUGCAAAUUUUGAGAUGAUUAUACAGGCUGUCAAAAGAGUAUCUGGGUAUGAUGCAGCAAAACACACUUACCAGACUCCAAGCCUUGCUCUUAAGCUUGGUCACUCUUUGAACAAGUUAUGUGACAUCAUACACUGUAGAGCGUUAAUGGCUGAAGAUGAUGCAAGGAUUAAGUCAACUCAGACUUUCAAAAAGUUGGUUAAUUCGAAAUGGUCGGAACUUGUGUCUCAUGGUGCUUUAACCACUUUACAUGAAGGUCAUUUUAAUAAACCAUCCACCCUUCCGUUUACAGAAGAUGUUCAGCGUCUUCAUCAACAUCUCGAAACAGUCGCUGAUUUAGCUACUGACAACUUGAAGAAGACUGCUUCAACAAAAGUCUAUGGAGAACUGUGCAGAUCGACUCUUGCCAAAAUUAUUCUGUUCAAUCGACGACGUGUAGGAGAAGUUGCAAGGAUGCAAUUAAAAUGUUUCCUGGAGAGGGACACAACUCCUCUUCACAAAGAUGUUGCUGUUGGCCUUACAGCAUUUGAGCAGAAACUUUGCUCACAUUUCAGUAGAGUAGAAAUUAGGGGGAAAAGGGGGCGUAAAGUAGCAAUUUUGCUAUCACCAGACAUGGUCGAUGCUUUAACACUUCUGAUAAGCAAAAGACAAGAGUGUGGAGUUCCACAAGACAAUACAUUUCUUUUUGCAAGACCCAGAUGUUUGACUUCAUAUCGAGGUCAAGACAGUCUACGGAUUUACGCAGAAGAGUGUGGUGCCCAGAACCCUGAGCUCCUCCGGUCAACACAGCUGCGCAAGCAUGUAGCAACAUUAUCACAGGUCCUGAACUUAAAAAACCAUGAGUUGGAUCAAGUGGCAGACUUCUUGGGCCAUGAUAUACGUGUCCACAGGGAAUAUUACAGGCUUCCAGAGGCUACAACCCAGCUGGCAAAAAUUUCUAAACUUCUUCUUGCCAUGGAAAAAGGUUCUCUUACAAGUCUUCAAGGCAAAUCACUUGAAGAAAUUGACAUUGAAGAAACCCUAGACUUAACUGAUUCAAGUGAUGACAGUGAUGCUGAGGAGGCAGAUCAGCUAACACAAAGUGAAAUUGAUGAUGACCCUGCCUUAGAAAGCACAGCUGCAGAUUUUGGUCUGGAUGACUUUUUGCAUUUGCUUGAUUGA